AGCGCGGGGGCGCGCACAGCGCUGUACGUGUGUGCACAACCGCCACGAGAACGCGCUUUUAGCGUCUGUUAGCCUAUAUCUGUUUACUGCAGUUAAAUCCUUCCUGAUGGACUGAAAACGCAGUGGAACAGGCUCCAGAGGCUACGCAGCUCUUUAGUGAAGGGCUAUGGCGCAUCAACACGGCUCGAGUGAGCUCUCCCGGGAUGAUCAACCCCCUCGAGUCGUCUCUCUCACAGAUCACGACUCCGGAGUGGAAGAUGUAGAUGACGACUCCAGCAGCCCUACCCUUCCUGUGGAAAACUCCACCAUCUAUGUGGCUUUCAAAGGGAACAUGAGUGAUGAGGACUUUCAUGAGAAGCUGGAUGCCAUCUUAAAUGGAAUGCCAGAUAUGCUGCUACUAGGUACUAAGAGGCUUGAACCUGAGCGAGUGGAGCCAUGGAACAGUGUACGAGUCACUUUCAACAUCCCAAGAGAGGCAGCCGAGCGACUGCGUCUGCUGGCUCAAAACAACCAACAGCAGCUGCGAGAUCUGGGCAUUCUCUCAGUGCAGAUUGAAGGUGAAGGAGCCAUUAAUGUUGCUGUUGGACAGAACCGAGGUCAAGAAAUAAGGGUCAAUGGACCGCUCGCUGCACCUGGGCAGAUGAGGAUGGAUGUUGGCUUCCCCAUGCAACAGGGCCAGGGUGGAAUGCGAAUGAAUAGCCCUUCAGUGUCCAUGAUGCCCCCCGUAGCUAAUAUGGCUGCACAGGGUAUGGUACCGGGUAGUGGUGGACAGAUACACCCAAGAGCACCAAGACCACCUUCACAGACAGACACAAUAGAUCCCAUGCUGUCAGGGCUGGCCUUACAGCAACAACAACUCCAACAUCCACAAGUGGGACAUGGUCCACUUGGCACCUUGGGCCCCCAGGGCCAACACAUGCAAGCCAUGCAAGCAAAUCGGCAGUUAAACCCAGCAUCCCUACAGCAACUUCAACAACAGCAGCAGCAACAGCACCAACAGCACCAACAGCAGCAGCAGGUUCAGCUAGCUCAACUAAGUGGUGCACGCGGUCCUUUCAACCCCUCGAACCAGAUGCCUGUACCUCCUGGCUGGAACCAGUUGCCCUCUGGUGUUCUCCAGCCACCGCCUGUCCAGGGUCCUAUGGGACCAGGUUGGAGGAAAGCCCCACCACAACAACAAAUUGGGCAGCGUCAACCCUCCUUGACAUCUGUUCAGACACCCAAUCAUCCCCCACCUCCAUAUCCAUUUGGCAGCCAGCAGGCUGGUCAGGUUUUCAAUACAAUGUCACAACACCAGAUACAACAACAGCAGCAGCAGGCAGGGGCAAAUCAGUUUGCAACCCCUCAGCCCAAAGGACCCCAUGGAGCACCAGGAUUGGUCAACACAAGAGCACCUCUUCCUCUGCCUCCCUCGUCUGCCCCGCAGGGGAAUCUUGCUGCUAAGUCCCCUGGUUCUUCAUCUUCUCCUUUCCAACAGGGAUCACCUGGAACUCCUCCAAUGAUAGGACAGGGGCAACUCGGUCCACGUCCCACAACCCCACAGGGAUUUCCACAGGGCGUUGGAUCACCAGGAAGAGCUGUGAUGGGCCAGCAAGGAAACAUCCAGCCAGGCUUUAUGGGUAUUCCACAACACGGACAGGUUCCUCAAGGUGGUAUGGGAGGUAUGCCCAAACGAAUGCCCAUGGGGUUCCCAAAUGCUCCUGUAAAUCAGAACUUUGCACAAGGACAGGUUACUUCCAGUGGAGCAUGUAGUACACCCCAGCAACAAAACAAUCAGAGCAUGGCAAACACGGGUGUCCAGUCUUCAACCUCAGGACCAAACCACAUGCAGUCCAAUCCCCUUCAAGGUGGUGGAAUGAGCCAUCACACUGGCAUGCCGGUUCAAACCCCAGGAACCACCUCAGGAGGUAGUAUGGGGCAGCCUCAACAAGGUCUCCAGACUCAAAUGAUGGGUAUUCAGCAGUCCCAGCAUCAAACACAGACAGUAGCCUCCUCCCAAAGUCAAAUGGUACAAAGCCAAACAGGGAGUCAGACUGUCCUGUCUAGGCCAGUGAAUACAGGGCAGCGAGGGAUGACGCCUCCCAAGCAAUUAAUGCCACCACAGGGUCAAGGUAUAAUGCAGAGCCAAAACCAACUCGGUGGAGGACAGGGACAUCAGGCAUUAUUACUUCAACAGCAGCAGCAGCAACAACAGCAGCAACAACAACAGCAGCAACAACAACAGCAGCAACAACAACAGCAGCAGCAACAACAGCAACAGCAGCAACAAAAUGCCAUGAUUGAACACAUGGUAACUGGCCAGAUGCAGAGUAACAAGCAGGCCUUUGUCACCAAAGGUCAGCCUGGGGUCAUGCAAGGCCAGAUGAUGAGAGGCCCUUCACCCAGUAUGCAAGGUAACCUGCCACAGUUCCAGUCUCAGAUGGGUCAGCAACAGAUGGCUCAGCAACAACAUCAGCAACAGCAACAGCAACAAAUGGCUCAUUUGCAACAACAACAGCAGCAGUUACAGCAACAGCAUUUACAACAGCAGCAGCAGCUACAACAACUGCAACACCAACAGCCACAACAGCAGCAACAGCUACAGCAGCCCCAUCAGCAGAUAGUGCAACAACAGUCGCAACAAAUUCCAAUGAAUGGCAACCCUAACCAAGCAUUAGUAAUGCAUGGGCCUCAAAUGCGACUUCCAGGAGGUCACCAUUUGGUACAACAAAAGCAGCAGCAACAGCAGGUGAUGCUGCUGCAGCAGCAACAGGCUGGCCAGCAACUUCCACAUCAGCUAGGAGAUGGUAGUGGAAGCUCUGCUGACAUGAGCCAACAGAUGGUUUCAGACAUGCAGAAUCAGCAACAACAGCAGGGUAUGUUGGGGAGUUCUCAACACUUGCAGGUGGGCAAUGGCCAUUUUCCUGGUCAUGGCAUGCCUUUCAAUCCUCAGUUUGCUGGUCAGAUGCCAAUGGGAGGACCCUGUGGACAGGCAGGUGGAUUUGCAGUAAAUAAGGAUGUGACAUUAACCAGUCCCUUAUUAGUUAACCUUCUCCAAAGUGAUAUUUCUGCUAGUCAGUUUGGACCUGGUGGGAAGCAGGGAACAGGUGGGGCUGCUGCUAACCAGGCCAAGCCUAAAAAGAAGAAACCACCCCGUAAGAAAAAACCCAAAGUAGGCGAUGGACAGCAAUCAGCUGAAGGUCUUUGUGGUCUGGAUUCACUGCCUCAUGGAUUGGAGGAAGCAGAGAUGCAAGGGUUGGGUAGUGAUCAAGGGGCUGGCAUUGAGUCUAACUCAAAGAUUUCUGAAUUUGCUAAUCGGCCAGGUUUACCUAGUCAAUCUGGAGAUCAACGGGUAUUGCAGCAAAUGCCAAUGCAGUUUAUGCCUGCACAACAGAUGCAGCAAAUGCAGCAACAACAGUUACAACAACAGCAGCAACAGAUGCAACAACAGCAUCAACAGAUCCAGCAGCAGCAAAUGCAACAGCAACAGAUGCAAAUGCAGAGUAUGCAGGGUCCUCUGAGUCAAGCUGGAACAUCACAAGGACCUCAUCAUGUCCAGCCUCAGAUUAAUUCACAACAAUCGAUGCAGAUGCAACAACAGCAGCAACCACAACACCUCCAACAACAACUGCAGUCACAGCCACAACAACAAAAGGUGCAGCAACAACAGCAGCAGCAACAAAUGAUGAUGAUGCUUAAAAUGCAACAGGAAGCUAAGAAUCGAAUGCCAUUACAACAAGGUGGCCAAAUACCAAAGGGUCUUGGUAAUCCUACUGAUCCCACUCAGAGAAUGCCUGGAUCACAGCAGGGCAACAUGCCUGUAAUGAUUGAUCUUCAAGGGCAUGGAGGUGUUCCACCAUCUCCAGAUAAAGCCAGAGGGAUGCCACUCAUAGUGAAUCAACCUCUCUCUGGACCAGCGAGAAGGACAUCCCUUCCAGAGGUUGGACAAUCUACACCAGGGUUGCCAUCAGAGGAAAACCCUGGAAAUCACAGUUUGCAGGACAGGGGAUCUCUUGAAAUCGGUCCCCAGUCAGGAAAUGGAAAUCAACAAAUGAUUCCUAACCAAGGUCCUAAUACUAAUUUAAUGAAGUCUGUGCCUUUAUCAGUGGCCCACCAGCCAGGAGCAAGCCCCCAACAGCAGUCACAGCAAGUGUCAGCAAUAGUUGGCUCACAUAAUAUUCACUUUUCCAGUGCUCCUUCAACUUCCCAAAGCUCCCGCCCAAAAACCCCUAACCGGGCCAGUCCCAGACCAUAUCACCAUCCUCUGACUCCAACCAACCGUCCACCUAGUACUGAACCCUCCGAAAUAAAUCUGUCCCCUGAGAGACUGAAUGCCUCUAUUGCUGGUCUUUUCCCUCCUAAAAUUAACAUUCCUCUGCCACCACGGCAGCCUAACCUUAAUCGAGGCUUUGACCAGCAGGGUCUAAACCCAACCACCCUUAAAGCCAUUGGCCAGGCUCCACCAAACCUAGCAAGUCUACCUGUCAAUAAUAACACCAGUGGCAACAAUAAUGGCCUGCAGUCCUAUCCGUCAGGUAGUGGCAUGGUAAAUUCUGGAGGAAAACAAGACAAACAGCCUGGAGUUGGGCAAGCUAAACGGGCUAGUCCCAGUAAUAGUCGGCGAUCCAGCCCUGCCUCUAAUAGAAAAGCUGCCACCCCAAGCCCAGGAAGACAGAAGGGUGCCAAAAACACACUGAUAUUACCUCCACACCAGCAGCAAAUGCCAGGUCCACAGAUCAUGAUGGUUAGUCCCACCUCAGUGCUCCCAACUACCUCUGCAUCUCUGCCAUCAGCAGGACCUGAAGAAUCGCAACAGAAUUCAAAUGCUCUGCAAUCUCUUCCAGGUAGAACCGAUACAGUUAGAAAUGGGCAGGUACCUGCUUCACAGCCAGAACAGCAUCAGACAGUUAAGUUAAGAGAGCAGCCUGCUCCUAAAAUGACUAGCCCUCGGGUGCCAUCUCAGGAGCCCAAAAGUCAAGAGCCUAACAAUUUGGUUGAACAGCGGGCCGAAGAUAAGCACCAGCCUCAGACAACACCACAACAAGAGCUUGGUUCUGCUAUAUCACCAGGUUUUAGAGAUGCUCCAACAUCUCUCAAUCAACUAUUGGACAAUACAGGCACCCCAUCCUUGACAAUGAAAUCUCAAAAUAUUACUCAUCCAGGUGGAGAUCCUACGCAGAAAGGGAGCCCUUAUACUCUGCUAGAUCAAGCAAGCCAAUCUAAUCCUGUUGUCUUGCAGAGCAUAGAUAGGGGCCCCUCUUUGUCUACAGGUGAAACUGAUCAGAAACCUAAGUCUAGUUUAGUAUCAAGCCCAAACAUUGUCCCCAGUAGCAGUCAAAACAUGCAGUCCAUCAGUGCUGUAUCAAGUGGUAGUUCAAACCAAACUGUACUCUUAAGCCUCACUUCAAUUCCUAACCCCUCAGUGAGUUCAAUUCAUAAUCUUAUACCCAUCACAAAGGCAUCUCAAACUGUCUUGCAAAGACCAAUCUCAUCAGCACCAACUCCACAAAACCAAAUCACAGUGUUUGUAACCUCAAAUCCCAUUAGCUCUGCCACCAACACUGUUUCUAUAGUUCCACCAGCGGUUGUUUCCAAGGUGCUUGCAGUUCCCAAUAAAAACAUAAGACCUCCAGAUGUUCGUCAACAAAACCCUACCCAAACACGUCCACAAUUCAUCACAGGACCUGUGUAUUCAAUAUUUCAAGCUACAUCUGUACCAUCAAGUACCAAUGUCAUGUCUCAACCGGUCACUAUGGUUGGUCCCAUAGUCUCUGCAAAUAUCCAACUUACCCCUACCCCAGUGUCAACUACAUCUUCACCUUUUGCACCAGCAUCGACACCUAUAGUAAAAAACUCACCUGCUGUCAGCAUAGCUUCUAGCCAGCAAGGCCGCACUGUCAUUGGGCAGUUUCAAGUUCAAGUACCUGCAAGUCAGGCUUCCUCUGUAAGCAUAGCACCACUACCUCAACAGCCAAGCCCAGCAGUUACAAAACAGGAGAGUGUCUCUGAUGCUAAUGGCUCAAAACCAAGUUCUGUUGGACAAUUAUCCUUACAUUCUAGCAUGCAGUCAUCGCCCUUUCAGCAGCUUUUAGCCUCUCCACCUGCUUGCUCUAGCCCAGGGGCUACAUCUGUUGCCCGCAAAAGUCCCCUGUCUCCAACAACAACGUUAGCCAAAAGCAGUCCAAUCCAGACUGUUAUGAGCAAAAAUACUGCACCCAGAAUCUCUUCAAGCAGUGAUGAUGGUCAAAAAGAGCAAAACCCCAUCACCCAGAUAGGAAAAACGAUGGAUGUUGCCACGCCUCAUGCUGCUUCUGUGGUCACAUCUGUAAUGGUAUCUUCACUCCAGUCUUCUGCUCCAGUGACAGUUCUAACUGCUCAAGUAGCAUCUCAGCAGUCUGCACUUCCUCCGAAAAUCUCUUCUCCUGUAUCUGUGCCCACUCCUUUUGCAGUCCCCACUUCUUUGCCUACAUCUAAUCUGCCUCCCCCAACCACUACCUCUGCCAUGCUUCACCUUUCUAGUCCUGUUACUAAUUCUUCACCACCCUCUAGUUUGCCUGCAACUUCAGUUGCUCCACCUACUGUUGCUCUAGGAACUCCCACUACCACAUCUAGCUCCUCCACAGCAACAUCGCAACAACUCUCUGUGGAACAGCAGCUGCCUUCACUGGUGGAGACUAGUCUGCCUGACACCACUGAAACAAGAGAAGCCAUUGUUGAUGCUCCUAGCCUCUCAGCUCAACCUGAAACUGCACAAGAAGACCAACCUUCAAGUGAUCCAGCUGAAAAAAAAGGAAACGAGACAGCCUCAAUGACGUAUGCGGCUGACAAAUGCGACCUCCGGAGGACGUCGUCUUACAAAGGACAAGGGUUUACCAUCGCAACAGAACAAGGAUGGGCAAAGAAAAGAAAGACGCCCGUCAACUUAGCCCCAAGGGAUACAAGGGCCAAUGCUGAGAAGGCAAAAGGUCCUAGUCGAAGGAGUUCACGAACAGACAAGGAACCUGAGGAGGAAGCAUCCGACAAUGGCCAGAGAAAGAGGGCUGCAAGGCCAGGGUCAGCCUCAUCUAACACAGGAAAAGAAUCAAACACUGGAGCCAGUCCCACCCAGGCGAAACGAAGGAAGUCAAAGUAAUCAUGACACUGAGUAAACCUGUGAAUUGUACAUAAUUUCUUUUUUCUCUGAACUUGUUUUAUCUGCUGUUUUUCCUUGUUUUGAGCAAGAUAACCAUGUACAGAAUUUUUUUUUUUUUUUUUAAUCAUAAUACUGUAUUUUGACCCUGGCUACUAGAUGAUAUCAUGUUUAGAAUUGUGUAUGAUUUGUUGGUAUGUCAUUGUUUUGGUGUGACUUUUUAUUAUUAAUAAUAUUGAUCAAUUCUGGAUUAAUCGUGAUGCAGACUAAGAACAGAAUCAUGUCUGUAGUAUCACUUUAUAAUAUUGUGACAGGAUCAGAAUUUUUACAUGAAGUAUAUCAUGAAUUAACUGUGCGUUUCAAUACUGCCAACACCUGCAUUCACCCUUUUAUCCCCCGGAUCACAUGCAUUAAACUAUUUUUACAA